AUGGCUUUCUACAUAGAUCACAGUAGGUUUAUAGGUUACAGGUGUGUUGAACUUCACUUCGUUGCACUUCGUUACGUUCAACUGUUUAUAGAUCACAGUAGGUUUAUAGGUUACAGGUGUGUUGAACUUCACUUCGUUGCACUUCGUUACGUUCAACUGUUUAUAGAUUACAGUAGGUUCAUAGGUUACAGGUGUGUUGAACUUCACUUCGUUGCACUUCGUUACGUUCAACUGUUUAUAGAUCACAGUAGGUUUAUAGGUUACAGGUGUGUUGAACUACACUUCGUUGCACUUCGUUACGUUCAACUGUUUAUAGAUUACAUUAGGUUUAUAGAUUACAGGUGUGUUGAACUUCACUUCGCUGCACUUCGUUACGUUCAACUGUUUAUAGAUUACAGUAGGUUUAUAGGUUACAGUGCAACGAAGUGGAGUUCAACACACCAGUAA